UUCAAUAGAAACCGUUUCCAGUUCGUGCUUUACGAUAUUGUGUUACUGUUAAAAUCUACAAUGUAUAUUUUACUAAACCACCAACCAACUAAGUAUUCAAAUUACAAAUGACUGCUAGAAUUUGAGGCGAAUCGUGUUCUCCUUAUUGGAAGUCGCAGCUGUAGGUUUCAAACCAACGUUGGGUUUUAAACAGCUAUACAAAUAACAGCGCUCCCCAUGUAAGGCUCAAGUUACUUUGAAAGCUACUGCCACAUUAUAUUUACAGGACUUUUCUUUAGGAUCCUCUUUAGGACUCUGUGUAAUGAAGAAGAGAGGGAGACGAGCGCGGCUACCCGAUGUGGCAGCAGGACAGAGAAGCCAUACUCAGUCAGUGGCUGGGGUCAACAAACCUGCUGGGCGGCGAGAAAGACCCAAGAAUGCUGUGAAAACAACUCCACCAUCAGUUGCAUGUGAUGGAGGUUUCGAGGAUGUUGGUCAAAGUGACAGAUCUGCAAGAUUACAAUUGAGCACAACAGUGUCAGUUGUGGAGAUAGAAGGGGAGGAGCAUCCAGAGAAUAUAUCAAAGAAAUCAGGUAUGGGCAGACUAAGCACUGCAUUCUGUCGACUCUGUCAUGGAAAGUUCUCACCUCGGAGGCUGCGGCAUGCCUUCGACAAGUGGCCAGGGGAGCUGGAGGAGGUCCCUGACCAGGCAGAGCCAGCCCAGUCGCCCCUGCUUUUCUACACAGACUUUCAGCGCCUAGUGGGAGUGCCACUGAACCGUGACCCACGUCUCUCACAGUUUGUCUGCAAGAACUGCCACACAAAAUUCUACAAGUGCCACACUAUCCUGCUCACAUUUCUGCAGAGGGUAAACCUCUUGCCAUCUGUGAAUGUGCACACCAGAGACAGGAAAAGUUCAGAGUGCUCUCAAUCAACAGUGGGUCCCAGCUUGUUGUCAUCCUCCAUCCCCUCCGAUCCCAAGUGUCUCCACAGCCUGGUGUCCUGGGCCCACCACCAUGCAGAGGACUGCCGCUCCUGCCCUGACCUGAAAGAAGUGCUGGAGGGGCAAUGCUGGGGCUCAGUAAGGGCCGUCUGGGGGUGUGUGGAUGGACAUAGUUACAUGAUGGACACACAGACCAGAGCAAAUCCUGGACACAAUGGGAGUGAUCCCCAACUGGAAGGUGAGGAGCAGCCCAGAGGGAACCGAACCCCUGUCAACACAACCAUGGCCCAGCUCAGUCCAGAUGCUACCCCACAGACUCAGAGCUCCAUCAACACUGAUGCUACUAACACCAGUGCAGAUGAAUUUGUCUUUGGUAAGGAGACACCCUCCCCUGCACCAGCCCCACUCAUGGACAGGACAGGUGACAUUGACCUAUCUGACAGGAACAUGUCCAGUGAGGAUGAGUUGGAAGAGAAAAGGAAAAAUGGAUCCUCUGAUGAAUUAUUUGAACCAUACCCAGAGAAGAAAGUUGCCUCCCCGAAGAAGAGAACCAGAAGAAAAGAAGCAAAAACUCCCAAGGAGCCUAAAGUUAGAAAGAAGCCAGGACCCAAGCCUGGCUGGAAGAAGCCAAUCAAGUCAGAAAGAGAGGAGCUGCCCAAUAUCUACAAAUGUCCAUACCAGGGCUGCUCAGCUGUGUACCGAGGCGCAGACGGCAUGAAGAAACACAUUAAGGAGCACCAUGAAGAGGUCCGUGAGCGACCCUGCCCUCACCCUGGCUGCAACAAGGUCUUCAUGAUUGACCGCUACCUGCAGCGACACGUCAAACUCAUCCACACAGAGGUGAGGAACUACAUCUGUGACCAGUGUGGUCAGACCUUCAAGCAGAGGAAGCACCUGUCUGUGCACCAGAUGCGCCACUCAGGGGUCAAGCCACUACAGUGUGAAGUGUGUGGUUUCCAGUGUCGCCAGAGAGCGUCACUAAAGUACCACAUGACCAAACACAAGGCAGAAGCUGAUCUGGAAUUUGCAUGCAAACUGUGUGGAAAGCGCUUUGAGAAGGCCCACAACCUCAACGUCCACAUGUCCAUGGUGCAUCCCCUCACACUAGCAGCUUCCGGAGGAAACAUCGACAGCGCCUCCAACCCUGCUAUCAACCCUGCUAUCACCAACAUACAGAGCAUCACAGAGACUGGGGAACUGAACCCGUACACCAGUUGACCGACUUGAUUAGGCCUGUGACCCUCAAGGAGCUGUAACAACCACAACGUCCUCUAAACCACAAAGUACAACAGCCACGGGAUGAUUUUUGUCUGAGCGGAUGGUCAGUGGGCCAGAACAUAAUUAUAAUAACCACAACUAAGCCCAAAAAGUGAUUGUAUUUGAAAAUAACAAUAAUUUCGUAGAUUGAUUACAUUGAAUAUUCGUGGGGAUACUUGGGAACAGAUUUCCUACAUUAAACUCAUUUAUUAAAAAUAAAUCGCUCGCGGGCCGUUUUUGGCCCGCCAGCCGCCUGUUGCCGA